UGGGUGCCUCUCUGUGCCGUGCUGUGUAGAGCAGAUGUUUGUUUUGUGCAAACGGGGAAACUCUUUUUUGCUAAGCUUGUACAAACAUGAAAGGAGUCAGGGGCUCAGAUGAUCUUUGUAGUCCAAUAUAUGUGUGCAUGAUUACAUUUUUGAUUUGAAGGUCAUUUUGUAAUCACUGUUUAUAAAGAAAUAUGAAACAAGGGGGAUACAAAAAUAUAUAUGAAAUGUGCAGUGAUAGUUCAAAAUGCAUGUGUAUCAAUUCCUUAUCUAGGUGUGCUAGAAUAAUGCUGUGUUUAAGUAUAGAAGCUAGAAUGUCUGGGCUAUAAAUUAUAAUUUCUACACUUUUCAUUCUGUCUGCUUCAGAAAGCAGCCUCAGAGCCUGGGAUCCUAUUGGGCCCAUCCUAGGGCUACAGUAAUUGCCUGAUGACAACUGAAAAUGAUAGAAUAAUUGUCAAGAGAGACAUUUUUAAUGGGCAAGGUGAUUUAAGUAUGCAUGAACAAGCUAUGAGGGGAGAUGAGCUUGUUUAUGAUGCAAGCCAGUAUAAACACAGUUGGUGCGAUGACACAGAUAGCUGCACUUUUCUCAGUGACAUGAGCAACUUCUUACCGCAAACACCAAAAGCUUAUUCCUCUGACCAGUCUGACAUUCUUCACCUUCAGGUAUUAAGUCAUGAUGCAGGAAUCUGCAACAGAGACAAUAAGCAACAGUCCAAUGAAUCAAAAUGGAAUGAGCACUCUAAGCAGCCAAUUAGAUGCUGGCAGCAGAGAUGGAAGAUCAAGUGGUGACACAAGCACUGAAGUAAGCACAGUAGAACUGCUGCAUCUGCAACAACAGCAGGCUCUCCAGGCAGCAAGACAACUUCUUUUACAGCAGCAAACAAGUGGACUAAAAUCUCCAAAGGGCAACGAUAAACAAAGACCACUGCAGGUGCCUGUUUCAGUGGCCAUGAUGACUCCCCAGGUGAUCACCCCGCAGCAAAUGCAGCAGAUCCUCCAGCAGCAAGUAUUGUCUCCGCAGCAGCUUCAAGCACUUCUACAGCAGCAACAAGCAGUUAUGCUACAACAGUCAAAAUGGUUUAUUCAGCAACAACUACAAGAGUUUUACAAGAAACAGCAAGAGCAGUUACAUCUUCAGCUUUUGCAGCAGCAGCAGCAACAACAACAGCAGCAGCAACAACAGCAACAACAGCAGCAGCAGCAGCAGCAACAACAGCAACAGCAGCAGCAGCAACAGCAACAACAGCAACAACAGCAGCAACCACAGCAACAUCCAGGAAAGCAAGCAAAAGAGCAGCAACAGUUAGCGGCCCAACAGCUUGUCUUCCAGCAGCAGCUACUACAGAUGCAACAACUACAGCAGCAGCAGCAUCUGCUCAACCUUCAACGGCAGGGACUUAUUUCCAUCCCGCCCAGCCAGUCUGCUCUUCCUGUCCAGUCGCUACCACAGGCUGGUUUAAGCCCUGCUGAGAUUCAGCAGUUAUGGAAGGAGGUGACUGGAGUUCACAAUAUGGAAGACAAUGGCAUUAAACAUGGAGGGCUAGACCUCACUACUAACAACUCCUCCUCUACUACCUCCUCCACCACUUCCAAAGCAUCACCACCAAUAACUCAUCAUUCCUUAGUGAAUGGACAGUCUUCGGUCCUCAAUUCAAGGCGAGACAGCUCAUCACAUGAGGAGACUGGGGCUUCACAUACUCUCUAUGGCCAUGGUGUCUGCAAAUGGCCUGGCUGUGAAAGCAUUUGUGAAGAUUUUGGACAGUUUUUAAAGCACCUUAAUAACGAACAUGCAUUAGAUGACAGAAGUACUGCUCAAUGUCGGGUCCAAAUGCAGGUGGUUCAGCAGUUGGAAAUACAGCUUUCUAAAGAACGUGAGCGUCUUCAAGCAAUGAUGACCCACUUGCACAUGCGACCUUCAGAGCCCAAGCCAUCUCCAAAACCUCUAAACCUGGUGUCUAGUGUUACCAUGUCUAAGAACAUGUUGGAGACAUCCCCGCAGAGCUUACCUCAAACCCCUACAACACCAACAGCUCCUGUCACUCCAAUUACCCAGGGACCCUCAGUAAUCACACCAGCCAGCGUACCUAAUGUUGGAGCCAUUCGAAGAAGACAUUCGGACAAAUAUAACAUUCCCAUGUCCUCAGAGAUCGCCCCAAACUACGAAUUUUAUAAAAAUGCAGAUGUUCGACCUCCAUUCACUUAUGCAACACUCAUAAGGCAGGCUAUCAUGGAAUCAUCUGACAGGCAGUUAACACUUAAUGAAAUUUACAGCUGGUUUACACGGACGUUUGCUUACUUCAGGCGUAAUGCAGCAACUUGGAAGAAUGCAGUACGUCAUAACCUCAGCCUGCACAAGUGUUUUGUUCGGGUCGAAAAUGUUAAAGGGGCUGUAUGGACGGUAGACGAAGCUGAAUACCAGAAAAGAAGGUCACAAAAGAUAACAGGCAGUCCAACAUUAGUAAAAAAUAUCCCUACCAGCCUAGGCUACGGAGCAGCUCUUAAUGCAAGUUUGCAGGCUGCUUUGGCAGAAAGUAGUUUACCUUUACUGAGUAACACAGGCUUGAUAAACAAUGCAUCCAGUGGGUUACUACAGGCAGUCCAUGAAGACCUCAAUGGAUCACUGGAUCACAUUGACAGUAAUGGAAACAGCAGUCCAGGCUGCUCCCCUCAACCACACAUAUCACUCAAGUUCCUUGUCACUCCUCUUGACAAAAGGAUCAUUCCAGUCCCCUGUCAUUCCACACUGAGAUUGUUCCAGUGCCUACAACGACAUUCAAUUCAUGUCAAGGAAGAACCAGUGAUGGCAGAUGAUGAAGAUUGUCCAAUGUCAUUGGUCACAACAGCAAAUCACAGUCCAGAAUUGGAAGACGACAGAGAUCUUGAUGAAGAACCAUUGUCAGAGGAUCUGGAAUAAAAAAAAAAACUUUUAGAGACCUUAAAUGAAGGGACAUAGCACUGACCUUCACAACCACUCCACAACCAUGGAUAUUUGACAGAUUUUUACUGUGACUAUUUAUUACGCAUGGAUAUUGGAGAAAGUCCUUGAGGAACUUGUUACAAUAGCCCUUUAGGAUUCAACACAACAAGCAAGAUUGCUUGUUUACUUUUUUUUUUUUUUUAAAGACAAAAAAACUGAUUUUCUUGAAAAAACAAACUGUUCUUUAUAUAAUGGCUUGCCCAUUUAAAAUAUGGCUCAAAAGGGUUCAUGAAAUGACUGAAUAUGAGGAAACAUGUUCUGUAGAAGUCAAACGGCCUCAUAUACUGCCAAAAAUAGUGUUAGUUUCAUCAAUGUGAAUCUCAAGCAUACAGUAGUUAUAAUGUUAGAAACAAUUGCUGGCCAAGUUCAACUUGUUGCUAUUGUUUUUUUAAUUUGCACAGGAAUAGAAUCAGAAAUAAGUAUCCAUGCUUGUUCUAUCAGAAAUGGUAAACAAACAAACAAGCACAUUCCUUUUUUUUUAAUUAUUAUUUUUUUUUAUGUUGGUGCCACCAAAUGUAAAUGACAUAAGUUCACUAUUGCAAAUCACAGUAAUUAGACUGUUGCAACCAUUUUAAAACCUUAGGCCUCCAGUCUGUGCUGUUAGUGUUAAGUUGUAAAGUGCAAUCCUUAACAUUGUCUGUGCAAGCGCCAUAGCAACAUUUGCAUAUCUGCAUAAAUCUUACAACUGUACUAUUUACCUCCUUGUGAAAAAGCUUUGUCUACCUGAAAACACAGUCAAAGGCUACAGCUGCAAACCAAAGCCAAAUCAAACAAUGGCCAAUAGCUCAACGACAGAAGCAGCCACACGCUUUGGUCCGUCUUCUGUAACUUUAAUUAGUACAAAGGAAACUUUCCAUGAACUACCUGCUGUUUUCUGAUGACCUCUGGGAUAUUUACAUUUAGCCCUAUACAAAGAAACAAAUCCUAAAAGUUAAUUGAGUUACAGUGUAUUCUUCUGAGGCCAGAAUCCACUCAAAACCUUACGAAGAUUUGCUUUCAUGUAAGGAGCGACAUUUCUCCAGUGGAAGUUAUUAUGGAAAGCAACAAAAUGUGGAUCACCGACCAAAACAUAUAUGUACUUGUUACAAAUGCAGAUUGCUUAUUGUUAUAUAUAUAUAACAUUGUGGUUUUUAUUUUACUUCCCAUACAGUCAAUUGUUUUCUGUGGUGAAUAUAUGUUCUUAGAAUGUCUUGUACUGUAUGGUCUUUAUCUGUUGUGUACUAUUUUUUUUAUAGUCUUAAGUUAUAAUAAAAAAUAAAAAAAAGUAGGAACCAAACAUAAAAGGUCUAGUAAAGCCAAAAAUUAAUUUCAUAUUGAUUUAAAGUGAGCUAGAUAAGUUUUUACACUGAAAACAAAGAUAUAGCAAUUUUAGACCAUGGUAUUUAUUUUCAGUCAAACCAAAGUUACAUAAAAUUCUGCCUCUGUUUAUACGGGAUAUUAACACUAACAAUACACUCCCCUUUGAAGACUUGCACAGGCCAAACAUUUGGAAUGCUGUUUUUUAACACAUCCAAACCCCAAAUAAGUUAUAAUUCUUUAUUGUUGAGAAUAGCAUAGUGAGAUGCUUGCUUAAACCUAGAAACUUUACAUGUUGCUUUUCAUGUGCUGUGCCAAGUCUUAAAUAAAAUACUUUACCCCAACCAAGGGACCUCAUAACCUAAUUAUGGUUAUUGCUUUACAAACAGUUUUUGACAUAAGGUGGCUGCUAGAGCUUAACAUAUGGACCAGUUCCAUGUGAUGGAAUCAGUCCUUGCAAGCUAAGCUCAUCAUUUACUUUUUGCUGGAAUCAGCAAACGUACCUAAAGAUUCACACAGUCAUCUAUCACGCCAAAUAUAAGGACACAAAGGCUUUCAAAAGGGUUUUCCCACUUACCCAAAAGGCUUUCUGAAAGCUUCUACCUCUGCACAAAGAAAAAGAAAAAAAAAUUUGAAAAAUUAUGGCAGACAUUAAUUGUCAGAACGUCACAGUAACUGCUACUUUUCAUUAUAUUUGUCUUAUGGUCAUAAGUGACGGAGAUAAGUUUACUAGUAUCGGAUAAACAUGUCACAUUACUUAAGAUUGUCCUUGACCAUAUAGGGAAAUAUUGUAAAAAUAACAUUAAAAGGGCAAUCAGUUGUCAUAUGUGUGUCCACCUAGCUAGAUUUAAAGUUAAUGUGAUAAUUGCACCAUCAAGAUAGUGGCCAAAGACUACAAUGCUAAAGUAUGCAUACCUCAGUUCCAAAACUUUUGAAAGGAAGUCUCAGCCACAGAAUGCAUAUACUUGUAGAGUUUAGCAUGGAUUUUGUAUAAAUACAAUUAAAAAUAGCUGCUUGCACAUUAUACCAGAAAAAACCUCCAAAACAGCAGUUGCUUUGAAAUUAGAUGUUAGGUUUUUUUGAGGUUUCUGAGAUGCUUGGUCUGUAUUUUGAUAAUUGUGCAUAUUAUGUAAAAAUGUUGGUGGACCCAUAAAUGACCGGACUUUUUCUAAGAAAAAAAAAAUUGCUUUAAUGCAUUUCAUGAAUUUUUACUCUUAUAUCAUUGCUUGCUAUUAAUAGCAAAACAUGCUUUUUCUGCUCUGCUUUGCGUAGCUAUUGUAAGGCUUUGAACUAAUGUUUGUAUUUAUUGCUUGAACUUCUGUGCAUACCCUUAUAAAGCAUAUUGUCUGACAAUUUAAAUGGCUCAUGUAUUCUUGCUUCUAUCAUACACAGAUCAUGGGAAAACCAUUAUCUUUUGUAUACAGCCAAUUUUAACUGUAGCACAAACAUCUGUUUAUGUAUUGGUGGUAUAUACUUGUUUAUUUAUCUUUUUUCGAGGUAAACUAAUUUUUGAUACUUUUUUUCAUUACUGUGUACUGUGUUCAUACCUUGAAUUCUCUGACGUUAGAAGUCAUGGUUGAAUUGUAACAGCUGUUAUUCGUUCUGUAUUCAUGGCUUUCACUGCUGAAUAAAAUAAAGGACCAAACCUAGGAUUUGAAAGAAAACUGUCUACCUCUAACACCAGGGAGUUAUCAGAUUUUUAUUUUGCAUAGUUUUGUCUACAAAAAUACAAUUGCUUAAACCUAGUGGGCUUAUGGUGAGCAUUCUAUAUAGCUACAUUCAUAACACAGUUGUACUGUUUGAAAAUCAAUUAAAUUUUCAUGUGACUGUUACAAGUACUAGGUAGAAUUACCUCUAACUGAGUUUUCUUUUGAAAACCAAGACAUGGGGGAAGCUAUCGUAAUCAUUCUACACCCACAGCUACUUAACUUCAUAUGCUGUACGUGUAAUUUCUUAAUGAGGGAAUCAGAAGCAAAUGUAGGAAUGCAUAUACUGAACCACUUCAAAAUAAACUAUUCUAUUUAAAAAUGCAUUAACAUUGAUUGCAUUCACUUGAAGCUGUUUCAAAUUUAUUCACCUUAGUGUCCAUAUUUAUAAUAUUACCUGCUAAAGUGUGAAAGUUGAUAUUUGCUUUUUUUUUUUUACUAUUUUUUUUUAUUUUUUUCUCGGUUUUCAACAUAUCACCCUUUUUACAUUGUUGGUAUUAUUGUUCAAAUCAAUGAAAUCUGAUUCAGUUUAAGAAGGAUGUACAUUUUUACUUUAUGUAUAAACAAUAUUUCUGAACUGUUGGAUGUAAACAUGUAUAUGAACUCAUUUCAUUCAUUUGCCUACAUUUCUGGAAUAAAAUAAAAUAUCUAAAUCUUUUGACCCAA